AUGUGCCGUCUAAAUCUUCGACUAGGCUUCGGAAUCUGUCAGCCAGGCUCUCGCCAACUUCGGCUAACUCAAUGUUUAUCCGAAGAUUGUGUGAAGAUUGCGGCGAGAUAUUUGAUGAAUAUGAAUAGAAAUGUGAGACCUUGCGAUGAUUUUUAUGGAUUUGUUUGUGGAAAUUAUGAGAAUCACAUUCCUGAAGGUCGCAGUCGAUUUGAAGUUUUAGGUGAGAUGAAGAUCAGGCAGAAUAAGAUUAUCAAAAGAAUUCUGGAGCACGAAAAUCCCAAAAACCGGGGGUUAAAAUUGGUGCAGACUUACCUCAAGUCCUGCCUGAAUUUCAAUGGAACCUUGGACCUGGUGAAGAUUGAGUUAUCCGAACUCCUCUUGGAUUUAGGCCAGACCUGGGAGGUUCUAGCGGCCCAGAUUUCUAGCUAUGGAAUUCAUCCGAUGCUCGAAGUCUACGUUGAAUCUGAUUUUGACAAUUCGGAAAUUAUGAUUUUGAAAUUCUCACCGGCUGGACAUUUUCAGAAUUCCUAUGACUUCAAGACGAGGAUUUUUGAAAUCUCCAAGAUCUUCCCGGAACAUCUGAACAUCAGCGAACCUGAAAUUCAAGAAAUCUGCGAUUUUCUAGAUCGGAUAGUUAAUCUAACUUCAGUAAAUCAAGAAUCCAACCAAAUGAUCAAUAAAUUAACCUAUGGAGAUCUAAAGAAUCGCUACAAAAAUAUCGAUUUCACAAAAUUCGUGAAUCCGAUAAAAAUCGAUAAUUCUACAGUAGUCAACAUUGAUGAUCCCAAAUUUUUCAAAAAUUUCGAUAAUUUUAUCAAAAAUGUUUCAGCUGAAGUUAUCCAAAAUUAUCAGAUUUUUUGGUUUUUGCAUAAAUUAUGGGAACAUUUUGAAUCGAAAUUUGAUUGUUUUGAGGAGACGAGAGAAAAGUUUCGAAUGAUUUUGGGAGCGGAAUUUGUGAGAAAAUAUUUGCCGAAGAAAAAUAAGGAUGAGGUGGGUUAGGACGUGGCAAAAAAAUUUGAAAUUUAAAAAUUCGCGCCAAAAAAUUCUGAACAAAAUUUUUAAAAAUCAAAAUUACUACAUCUAGAACUGCAAGGUGUACUGUAGUCUUGGGGAUUUUUUGGACUGCAAGGAGUACUGUAACUAGAACUGCAAGCGGUACUGUAUUUUGAAAUUGACUGUAUUUCAAACUGCAAGAUCAAUGUUCACAUAUAUUCCAAACUGCAAGGGUUACUGUAGCCCGGCGGACUGCAAUCUAGGCUGUAUCAUUAUUGUAUGGGAUUUUCCGGACUGCAAAGAUUACUGUAGCCUCUGAGAAACACCGGACUGCAAAGAUUACUGUACCUACAACUGCAAGGUGUACUGUAGCCUCGGGGAUUUUUAGGACUGCAAGGAGUACUGUAACUAGAACUGCAAGCGGUACUGUAGCCUUAGACAUAUUUCGAACUACAAAGUUCAAUGUAGCCUUUGAUAGUGUAGCCGCCGGACUGCAAGGAUUACUGUAGCCUCUGAGAAAUACCGGACUGCAAGGAUUACUGUAGCCUUGGAUUAACUGUAUUUAGAACUGCAAAGUCUACUGUACCUACAACUGCAGGAAUUACUGUAGCUGUAGCUGGAAAUUAGACUAGAAAUGUUUCAAACUGCAAAGAGUACUGUAUCAUGUGUUACUGUAGUCCUCGAAUUAGAAGGGCUACUGUAGCUUCAGGAAUUUUUCGAACUGCAAUGAUUACUGUAGCCUGACGUCCAUUGUACCUGAAACUGCAAAUUAUUAGGAUUACUGUAGCCUCGGGAUUACUGUAACUCCUGGACUACAGAGGAAAAUUUUAGAUUUUUUUUCAAAAAGCUACCGAACUGCAAGGGUUACUGUAUCUAGAAAAAAAUAUUUUUCAGGUGCAAAAAAUGGUGUUCGAAUUCAAAUCCGAAAUGAAAUCCAUAAUUUCGACGGCAAAAUGGCUGGAUGUCUCAACCAGAAACGAAGCUCUAAAAAAACUCGAAAAAAUCAAUACUUUCGUCGGACAUCCAGAUUUUCUGCUCAACGAAACUCGGAUUCUCGAACCCUAUCAACAUCUGAAUUCGAAGCUAGACCCUCAGAACUAUAUCAAGAAUCUGAUAAAUUACAAAAUAUCCCAACGAAGUUAUAGCUUCUCUGAAAAUGAGCUGAAAAAACGGGGAGUUGAGGCAACUCUCGAAUGGCCCACUGUGAUUCUCGAAUCGGAUGCUUUCAAUUACUAUGCGGGAAAUGCUAUCAUUUUUCCCGCGGGAAUUAUUCAAUUCCCAUUUUUCGUCCCCAAUUCCCCAAGCUUUAUUAAUUAUGGAAGUUUGGGUUUUGGAAUCGGCCAUGAAAUUUCACACGGCUACGAUAAUCGAGGUGCAAAAUUCGAUGGUUUUGGUAGAGAAAUCAUGUGGUGGGGGAAUGAGACUUAUGAUAAGUUCAACGAGGGAAAAACAUGUUUUCAAGAGCAGUAUCGAAAUGCUGUGAUGAAGAUUAUGAGCAAUUUUAAUUCGGAAUUCAAAUAUGAAGCUGGAGUUACGAUUCAGGAAGAUAUAGCUGAUAAUGGAGGAGUUCGGAUAGCUUUCGAAGCUUAUAAAAAACAUUUGAGGAAUGAAAGAAGAAAAACUUCAGGGAUCAGGAAUGUUUUACCGGGUUUGACACAAUUUACGGAUGAACAAAUGUUCUUUAUAGCCUUGGGAAAUGUGAGUUAGGCUAAGUUUUUUGAGCGAAGCGACUGUAAACCGAAAACUGUUUUGUUCAGAGUGUCUGCGAAUCGUACAAUCCUUUAAAACUCUCCGAAAUCAUCAAUAAUUCAUCGGAUCCGCACAGUUUGAGUCAAUUUCGCCUGAAUAUCCCCCUUCAAAAUUAUCCGGAAUUUUCGAGAGUUUGGGGAUGUUCGACACAAGAGAAAAUGUGUAGAAUUUGGUGA